UGAUUUGUGUCCAACAUGAUCGCUUUAAAGAUUGAGGAAGGUGAGACCAUCCGGAUAAAUGUGAAGAACAAAUCAUCUAGCGGAACUGGCAUGCUUUCAGCUGCUGGGUUGACUGGGGGUGUUUCCAGCACUGGAAAACCCAGUGCGCUUGCACCGCCGCCUCCUGGAGUAGGGAAAAUCAAGACUGUCCUUCCACCCCCGCCAAACGACCCUGCUGCUGCUCGGAUGACUUCAAGUCCUGGUGUGGGACUUAAGGGUCCCAAGGAAAAUUCAAGGCGCACCAUGGAUCCUUUUUCAGAUCUUUCAAAGAUCGAGAGAAGCCUUCCUUCAACGACUGGCUCAGCAUCAACAAAGAGUACUGCAUCAGGAUGGGCGGCAUUUUGAACCUUCUUGGAGCUUUCUUUGAAUACCAAUUGUGACCUUUUUUUGUUCUCCAUCUUUGGAGGAGAGUGAAAAGCAGACCCAAAAGAAAAGAAAGAAAAAAGGAAAAGAAAGACAAAUGUGAGCGCUCUGGACUAAUGAUCUUGGGUUGGAAGCGUGUGUUGUUGCAUUUUUUGGUUUCUGAAAAUAAUGAUUAGAGAAAUGUGUUGAGUGCUUCUCUGCUCUUGACUUGAAUUUAGAUGGCCUUCUACCAUCUUUUAUAUAUAUAUAAAGAGAUUGGCUAUAUUUGCAAUUAUGUGAUACUUGUCUAGCUUGCUCUUUUGAUUAGAAGGGAACUUUGUUGAAUUAUAAGACUGGUUUUUUGC